AUGAUGGCCGCUGAUAAGCUGCUGAAGAUAGAGUUGCAGCGCCAACUUCAUUCUUUGCAAGAAGAGGUGGAGGUAUUGAGAGAAUGUCUUUGUGCAAGCGGUGUCCUGAACCAAGACCGGUACAUGGCACGCUUGCACCGUGAGCGUUUCGAACGUGUGUGCCGAGCACACCCCCUACAGUUAGAUGGCACAGCAACGCUUUCGUGUGCUUUCUCUUUGCACGAGCUGACCGUGGGUGUUGUCAGCCUGGCCGGUGUCGCAGCUGUGCGAGCGCUGCGUGCAGCGUCUCACGCAGUUGGCAAAGCCGCAUGCCGCGCAAAGCCCGUGGCAGACUUGGUGGCCGCCAGCAGUCAGGGGCAAAUCUUUGUCUGCGGCGGCUACGAUGGGACAAGGUUGUUGGAAGACAUUCAUCGCUUUGACCCGGUCUCCCACACAUGGGGUUCCGUGCCUCCCAUGUCCUUGCCGCGGGAGGCAGCUGUAGCCGCAGUGAUUGCCGGACAGAUCGUCGUCUGUGGAGGCUUCGAUGGGCAGAGGCAGCUCGAUCAAGCAGAGCGUUUCGAUCCCCGCGCAGGAACCUGGGAAACCUUGCCCUCCAUGAUUUCCAGGCGGGCUGGUGCGGCGAGCGCCGUUGUGAGAGGGAACCUUGUCGUGUGUGGCGGCUUCAAUGGCGAACACUGCCUCUCCUCCGUGGAAAAGUUGAACUUUGUAGAUAACUGCUGGGACCCUCUUCCACCGAUGGCCGUGCGUCGUGAGGGCGCCGCGGGCACCGUCCUUCGAGACCAGGUCUACAUCUGCGGAGGGAACGAUGGCGCGAACACUCUUUGCGAGGUGGAGAGAUUGGACCUGGAGGCAUCGACUUGGGAAGCACUACCCUCCAUGCUGACGAGGCGUGACGGCGCAGCUGCUGCGGCCUUGCACGGCAGGCUUUGGGUGUGUGGCGGCUUUGAUGGUCAGCAGUCCCUGAGCCUCAGUUCGACUGAGUACUUCGAUCCACACCGCCGUUCGUGGAGGAGCCUGCGCCCAAUGCUGGCUCGGCGGGCUGGGGCGGCCGUGGCAGUCGUUGCUGGCCAGCUCUACAUCUGCGGUGGCUACGACGGCGCGCAGAACUUGUCAGACUGCGAGCGCUUAGACCCAGUGCAAGGCCCACCAGGGCUUCGAGACUUAGCAGGCCUUCGGGUUUACCAUGACUUAACAUCGGAUGCUUCGGAAGGUUCCGAGAAAGAAGGCAGUUUCAGGCAAGGGGUGUCGGUGUCGGCCUCUGUUACCUCUUUCCUGGUUGAGUCGUUUCAGACCAGAUGCAAAAAGGCAGUUUCAGGAAAGGUUGAGGAGUUGGGGGCAUGUCUCCGCAUGGUAAAUGGUGAACUUCCCAUUUCUUUGCAGAGAACCAUGGAUUUUGCCUUUAUACGUGUAUAG